GUUGAAUCAUAUGAUGAUAACUAGCGUUCUAGAUUCGUUGAAUAAAUCGAGUAUUUUAGUCGGUUAUAUUUUAAAAGAGAACAUAGGCAGAGAGAAAUGAUGAAUUGUUCACAUAGUCCCGAAGACAUUAAAUGCUUAAAAUUAGGCUUGGUUUUUGUUGUAGCAGUUAUGAGUGUCAUUUGUGCAAUUGGUAUAAUAUGGAUUUGCUGUAUUUUAAAACAAAGACUAGGUGACUUUAAAUGUACUAACCAGAAGCCUUCACAUCAAGCAGAUACACUACAAGAGCAACAGUCCUCGAACGAAGAUUUUAUUCUUGGUUUUGGAUCUGAAAAUUGGCUGAUGAUUAGCUUUUCUCCAAACGGUACAAGAAAUGAAGGAGCGGACGUUAAUGAGGGUACAGACAAUCCUGAAGGACAAAGCAAGACACAUUAUAAAAGAAUAAAAAAGCCAUUAGUAUAUGUCCUACUAAAAGAUGAUAGACUAAAAGAGUGCAUUGAAAAAAUAUUUAAAGGAAUGGAUCUGAUACCAAAGUACUUUCAUUCUGACAAUGAGCCAACAUUUGACGAAAACGAGAAUUAUAAGUUCGACGACGAAUCGACAACAAUCAUUGUAGUCAGACACGGUUCAAUUCGUAUAGACUCAGAUAUAGGAGGAUGUUGCAAUCAUAUUUCAGAUUCGGAUAUCAAACGAACUGUUGUUGUUAUCAUCAAUGAAUAUGGAAGUAAUAAAAAAGGCGAACACGGGGAUAUAAUAAAGCCAAACAGCUACGUAAUUGAUAAUAUACAAGAUCUAAAGAACGUUGUUGUACUCAAUUAUAAGUGUUGCAUGAAGAAAACAAAAUGCAAACACUGUAAAUAUGCUUUGGAUGAAUUGGAGCAGCAUGCAAGGUCACAAAACUACAAAUAAAUGAUGUGUGACACACUAAGGCACUAUUAUCGUAAUGUUAUUUUCAUAUGUCAUGAAAAAGAUCAUUUGUGUUACAAUCCCUUAAUAAAUAAUCAGUAAAUGUUCCCUAUACAGUACAGAUUUUUUUAUGAACCUGAACUCCUAUAUGUGACCUUGACCUUAGCCGAUGGGAUCCGAAUUUUGGGCGUGACACUCCACCUCUCAAUGUUGAACAUUUGUGCCAAGAUAAAUUUAACUCCCUCUAUGUCUAUAUAAGGUUUGGCUGGACAAGCAUUUUCAAAUGACCUCUAAGUAUGACCUUGACCUUCUACAUAAAACCCUUGUUUAUGCCGAAAGCACGUUUUCUUAUAGUGUUGAACAUUUAUGUAAAGUUUCAUUAAAAUCCCUCCAUAUGUGUAGGAGAUAUUUUUUCAGACAAAAAUUGACGCCGCUCGCCCGCCCGCCAGGCGUUCCUAUAAGUUAUUUAUUUUCUA